AUGACAAAGCCUGCGCACGCAGCUUUCCAGGUUUUCCUCUCUGUUUUUUCGUUAUUUUUACGGAUCUACAACUAUCUAGACGCGCCCAUCCCUCUCGCAUCCCUCUCGCUUUACCGCAGUGGCAUUGGAUGGCGCUUUCCUCUUUGCUUCGGCAUCGAACUACAGGGUGCCACCCACGCUUCCUUUAUCACCACCGUGCAAGAUUGUCCGCAACGACAUUUCUGCUUGCUUUCACAAAGAAAACAAUCAAUCAUGAGCAGCAAGGAUCAGACGGACUCUUUGCUUCGCAUUGUUUCGAACAAAUGUCGAAACCUACGAAAGGCGAUCGACCGCGCUCGAACACAAGAGGCUGCUGAGAAGAGAGGAGACCAGCUUAAUGACGAACAACGCGAAUCUGUACGUGGCCUGGGUCGUAAGGAGGCUCUUCUUGUCGAGCUCCAAGAGAUCCUGAAGAAGCAAACCGCCGUUCUGGAGCCGCAACAACCUGAGACCAAACAAAGCCGUCGUGCGAAGAAAGCUGCAAGGGCCAAAGCUCGUGAGGGAAAGGGUUCUUCAAAGAGCAUAUCCGAGAAAAGCAGUGAGGAAGGAGAAAGAAGCGAAAAAGUCCCCGAGGCCGAAUCAGGGGCAAGGCCAGACGGUAGCGAGACCGCUCAUCCGAAUGGCAAUGGAAAUCCAGCAGGAAAAGGCGAACCUUCUGCGGAUGAAGCACGCAAAGCGGAGCGCGGCGCGGAACAGUUAGCCGAGCUCGAAAUAUUACGGAAGCAGUCGGAGGAAAUGUCGAAGGAAAGAGACGCCCUCUUAAAGGAGAUGGCUGAGCUUAAGCUCAGCCAUGAACACCAAUUGGCGCAAGACAAGAAGAAGGCUAUAGCAAGCACUUUAAAUCUAUUUCAUGUUGCGGAUUUUCUGCGUCAGCCAGGCUCUCGGGAAGCCCUCCUCAGCUACUACGCAACACCGGAGGGCAAGACGUCGCCUCUAGUGUUGAAUGGUUUGCAUCUUGACCCCGUGUGCUACUUCAACGUCAUGCUCACGUCCCCAAACGGCAAUGUACCACACCCCGAAGCAGUUGACGUUUCCACUGCUCACUGUUUGGAAUACUUGCAAGGAUCCACGACAGAUGCGUUCAUUGGCACAUCGUAUGCGGCAUUGGUGGAAAUUGUUGACACGAUAGCCUCUUGUCCAAUUCUUACUGACCGCGGAGUACCACCAGAAGAAGUAAAGCAACGUAAUCGAGGAGGGCGCAACAGGAACAGGUCCAAGAGCGGACCUCAAUCCUCUCCAGAGAGUGGGGCUAUCCAGCCGAGUCCGAUUGUUGACAAUCCCGUUGCCGAUCGCAAUGUGCCCUAG